UAAUCAGCAGCAGCUCCGGCGAAGUUCAGCGCCUCACCUCACAUCGAGGAAUGGCAUUGCUGCACAUCAGAGCACAUAACAACACUUUCACUGGGAGAAUUCACACAGCAACAGCUUCUAUUUACAAACGCACCGCUGCACCAUAUAACACAACAUCUUUAGAAAAAUAAAAAAAAAAAAUUCAAAAGGAGAUAUCACAAGCAUAAAUUCAUACUGCAGCACAGAGCGAAGCACAUGAUUUGAGAACUGGAGCCGAUUAAGAAAGAACAUAUACAACGGUAACGUUUAACUGAAAGAAUUGCGCAAGCAUGUUUUUAUUUUUUUCAAUUGCACCAUUGCACAUUACAGCACGGCAUCUUUAUUAAAACAUAUCAAACGGAAAAUUGCAGCACUGAACUAACUAGUGGAACUGACACAUAAAACUAAACUUUAAAGGUAAUUCAAAAAUAAACAGUUGCGAAUACACAGCUCCAGUGCCGCACACGCACAAAGAGAGCUCGUAUGUGCUAAAACGUAGUAAUUUUCACGCUACAUUAAAAAAAAAAAAAAAAAAAAAAAUACAGAGUGCUGUAUGUACUGCGGAGCAGAGGAAGAAAUGAUGGAACUGAGACAAUAACAUUGUAUUGCACUUUGCUACAGACAAAACGAAACCGGUACCUUAAAAAAAAAAAAAAUUGAAAGGAGAGGAACGUAUAUACCACGUUACAACUAAAGGUAGAUUACAAUCGUUUUUACACCUUACAAAUAGAAAGCUAGCUUGAUGUUAUUUAUAUCACCUAAUUACAAACUUUCACUGAGAAUAGUCAUUAAUUAGGAGCUUGAAAACACGACUUGGGAAUCUGCAAGAAGUAUCACUUUCACAGCAGUAUUAGGUAACAUUUCGGUACUUAGCUAAAAUAGAAAAAUUGCAGUAUUUCAGAAGGGAAUCGUGCACACAAUACAUUUCUGUUUUGCCUAAAUACAUUAGUAUUACAUAAUUUCUUUAUACCUGAGGGUUGCAUUAAAAACGGUAAAUAACAUUCAGAGUGCCGUUACACCUUCAUUUAAGAUAGAAAAACUUUAUCCACGGCAAAUUACUCGCACUUUAGUGUUAGUUGAAUUGAGAUACAAGACAGGAGUAGGUCAGUAUCUGAAGUCUUGUAAAGUUAUUUUAAAAGACCCACUUUAAAUUUCUCGACUGAAUCCACUAACACUGUUUUUGAGACACUGAAAAAUUGGCAUCAAUGUUAACAUCUUGAAAGCUGCUCUAGCGCGUUUAUUUAAACUGAAAACAAGACGUAUAAUGGCUGAAGAGUUGGUAACCAUCACUAAUGGGAUUGUGGUGUGACUUGCUGUGCUGGAGGGAAGGCUGUUAUUCUUGUACAUAUCCACACAGACUCGGUUCGUGUUUAGUUUCUUGGAGCGGGGAUGAUCAGAAUCUUCCCGGAUUUCAGUGUUCAGGUGACGGCUGCGGCCGGUGGAGGAGCAGGUGGAGUGCCAGCUGGUCCCGGGGUGGGAAGAGUCCCCGGUACUGCAAAUGGCAACUCCCAAAACGUCCAGGGCAUCACUUCAUAUCAGCAAAGCGACCCCUACUGGGAGAGGCCAGCUAAUGCCAGCUCCUGUUCAGCUUCUAGGCCCAAGACACUCCACCUUGGAGGGCAACAACAUACCUCAUCACCAUGGUUGCAAGCAUUGAGAAAAGAGAAGUCACGAGAUGCCGCCCGCUCUCGUCGUGGAAAGGAGAACUUCGAGUUCUACGAGCUGGCGAAGCUCCUGCCGCUCCCAGGCGCCAUCACCAGCCAGCUCGACAAGGCCUCCAUCAUCCGCCUCACCAUCAGCUAUCUUAAAAUGCGAGACUUUGCCAAUCAAGGGGAUCCCCCCUGGAACCUGAGGAUGGAAGGGCCUCCACCCAACACCUCUGUGAAAGCUAUAGGAGCCCAGCGCAGGAGAAGUCCCAGUGCUAUGGCGUCUGAGAUUUUUGAACAACAUCUGGGGAGCCACAUUCUGCAGUCUCUGGAUGGAUUUGUAUUUGCACUAAACAAAGAAGGAAAAUUUUUAUACAUCUCUGAAACAGUGUCUAUCUACUUGGGACUAUCACAAGUGGAGCUGACAGGCAGCAGUGUGUUUGACUACGUUCACCCAGGAGACCAUGUGGAAAUGGCAGAGCAGCUGGGCAUGAAGCUUCCCCCGGGACGAGGCCUCCUCUCGCAGGGCACAGCCGAGGAUGGCACCAGCUCAGCAUCUUCAUCUUCGCAGUCCGAGACCCCCGAGCCAGUGGAAUCCACCAGCCCCAGUUUAUUAGCUCCUGACAAUAUGCUGGAGCGCUCGUUUUUUAUACGAAUGAAAUCUACACUGACCAAGAGAGGAGUCCACAUCAAAUCAUCUGGAUACAAGGUUAUUCACGUAACUGGACGCUUAAGGAUUAGGUUGUCCCUGACUCAUGGAAUCACGGUCCCCAUUCAGAUAAUGGGGAUGGUGGUCAUUGCCCAUGCUUUGCCUCCUCCAACAAUUAACGAAGUUAGAAUCGACUGCCAGAUGUUCGUCACCCGAGUAAAUAUGGACCUCAAUAUUGUUUACUGUGAAAAUAGAAUUAGUGAUUACAUGGAUCUGACUCCUGUAGACAUUGUGGGCAAGAGAUGUUAUCAUUUCAUUCACGCUGAAGAUGUGGAAGGGAUCAGACACAGUCACUUAGAUUUACUGAAUAAGGGCCAGUGUGUUACCAAGUACUAUCGAUGGAUACAAAAGAAUGGAGGGUAUAUCUGGAUCCAGUCUUGUGCCACUAUUGCCAUUAACGCCAAGAAUGCCAAUGAAAAGAAUAUCAUCUGGGUCAAUUAUGUACUCAGUAACCCAGAGUACAAGGACACUCCAAUAGAUAUUGCACAGCUUCCCAGUCUCCCCGAGAAAGCCUCGGAAUCCUCAGAGACCUCUGAUUCCGAUUCUGAUUCCAAGGAGAAUUCAGAGGACAAUGAGAAGUCUGAUGGGAAGGGGAACCAGUCUGAGAACAGUGAAGACCCUGAGUCUGAGAGCAAGAAGCAGCCAGGGAGCCAGUCGGACAAUGAGAUGAACUGCAAUGAGGACGGGAACAGCUCCAGCAACCAGGAGAGUCGGGACAGUGAGGACAGCUUCGAGCACUCCGACUUUGAGAGCAACAAGGCUGCCGAGGUGGACAGCUAUGGCACGCUGGGCUCCAUGCAGAUCAAGGUGGAGCGAUACGUUGAGGGAGACUCUGAGCUCCGGCUGCACAGUCACGAAUCAGUGACCUCAGACAGUGCCAAGGACUCGGAUAGUGCGGGGGAAGUAGGCACACCAUCUUCCAGUAAGCACCAGAAGAGGAAGAAGAGGAGGAAAAAACAGAAGGGAGGCAGCGUGACUAGGCGCAGGCUCUCCAGUACGUCGAGCCCGAACGGGCUGGAUCCAGCACUGGGGGACCAACCCCGGCUGUUCUCCUCACCAAACAGUGCCUCCGUGCUCAAAAUCAAAACUGAAAUCUCAGAACCUAUCAACUUUGACAAUGAUAGCAGUAUUUGGAACUAUCCUCCCAACAGGGAGAUCUCAAGGAACGAAUCCCCCUAUAGUAUGACCAAGCCCCCCAGCUCCGAUCACUUCCCCUCUCCACAGGCCAGCAGCAGUGCUUUACACAUCGCCAUUCCUGACUCUGUCCUCACCCCACCGGGGACUGAGACAGCUGGCAGCCGCAAAACUCAGUUCAGCAGCAGCAGCAGCAGCACCUCCUCCAGCGCCACCAGCCUGGCACCCGUCUCCUCGGACCCUCUGUCCCCGCCUCUCUCGGCCUCCCCACGAGAAAAGCAGCAGGGAACUCCAAGUACUUCCAGCUCAUUACUAUACACUGGGGACCUAGAAGCCCUCCAGAGGUUUCAGGCUGGCAACGUGGUUCUUCCACUGGUUCACAGGGUAACAGGGACCCUCGCCACCACCAGCACCUCCGCACAAAGGGUCUAUACCACUGGCACCAUCCGUUAUGCCCCAGCUGAAGUAACCUUAGCGAUGCCGGGCAAUUUGCUCCCAAACACUCAUGCAGUUAACUUUGUGGACGUCAACAGCUCUAGUUUUGGGCUCGACCCCAAGACACCUAUGGAGAUGCUGUACCACCACGUGCACCGGCUGAACAUGUCAGGGCCGUUUGGGGGAGCGGUAAGCGGAGCCAGUCUGACCCAAAUGCCUACAGGGAAUGUCUUUACUACGGCAGAGGGACUAUUCUCAACUCUUCCAUUUCCUGUGUACAGCAAUGGAAUCCACACCACACAAACUCUGGAAAGAAAAGAAGAUUAAAAAUAUAUAACAAGACCAUAUUACUGUGUUAAACGUUCAAAGACUCUGAGGCAUAAGACUGUGUUUAAUUUUGGGAGAAAAAAAAAUUCUAGCACUUUGAAUUUGAGCAAGUUUGCUCAUGUUAUUGAAUUGAAUGGUCCCCAUGUUUGUGUGUGUCUCUCUCUCUCUCUCUCUCUCUCUCUCUCUCUCUCUCUCUCUCUCUCUCUCUCUCUCUCUCUCUGUCUUUCACGGUCUUUCUCUCUGUUGAACUAAAACAAAUUAUUCUUUAAUGUAAAGAGUUACUUUUUUGCCUUCAGAGAGUCAAGAGUGCCAGAUGCCUGAUCUUUUGUCUUCUUCUAAGAUGUGUGUUUUUCUUUUCUUUGCAUCUUUAUGAUGAUGCUUCAAUUUAUAUGUCUGCCAUAAGAUACUAACACAUAAUGGUAAAGAUGUUUUCAAUAAGUAAAACCUGUUGGUUUUUAAUCUAUAUCAUGAUGUGAUCAAGGUUGAAGGAGACAAAUAGAGAAAGUGUACCCUGUUUGACUAAGUUAAACAGAAGGGGCUCUUAUCUUUAAUUCCUUUUCUGAUUUGGGGGAUAGUAUUUUAGGAAUUUUAUGCAGAGUUUGAUUCUCUUUUUAUAAUUCAGAUGUUUCUGACUUGCACACACUUAAAGCAAUUUCAGUUAAUUCCUGGCCUGCGAGUAGAAUGUUGGAAAAAUGAUUAAAAAAAAAAAAAAAAGAUGGACAUGUUACUGCAACAUUUACAUUUCUUCCUACAAAACCAUGGUGCUACCAUUCAGUCUGUUUGUUCAACAUGCAGCUCGUAGGCAGGGGUAUGUUUUGUUAAAAAAAAGGAUUUUUAUACUGGUCUCUAGUUUAUUGCUGCAGCUCAAGAUUAGAAUAUCAUACACAAAAGUAUUAAUAAGAAGAAUUUAUGUCUGCUGCAGGACUUGAAAUCUUGUCUACAAACCUCACAUUAACCUUGUAUUGGGUCAGUAAGCCUUUUGGAAAUGUUUAAUGAAGACUCAAUCAGAUUGAGUUCAGAUUGGAAUUAAGUGCAGGUUUUUAUUUUUUCAUUAUUAAGUAUUGUUUUCUCAGUAUAGCUGAGGCUAAUUUUCAACAUUAACCUUGAAAGAGUUUUUUAAAAAAAUGCUUAAAAACAAUUAUUUAACAUGUUCAUUUUUUAUUUUUGAUACUUUAUCUUUAAAUAUUAGACUAACUAAUGUUUUUGCAUACAUUUUACUCUCAGAAAGUACAGAUUGGAUCUAUCAGAGUGUAAUAGGUACAUGCAAUUAAAAAAAUAAAUAAAUAAAUAAUAUGUCAAACAAAAAGUACACAUUCUAAUUCUCUCUGUUGCCAAAAAAAUAUAUAUAUAAAAAAUGUAACAAAUAAAUAUCACAGCUCAGUGUUAAAAACGCCAUUUGUGAUUAUUGUUUAAAAAAAAAAUAUGAAAAAGCUUAAAAAAAAAAAAAAAAAAAAAAAAAAAAAAAAAAAAUCUUCCGCUCCAUCUUUUGGCAGCCGUUCAUAAAAGGCAUCUAAAUAACAAAUGUGAGAUCCGUAAUGUGUACAAUGUGUAAGUGUCCUUGGCUGUCAGUCUCAUUGCAAUUUCAGUGUGUGCUACUAUAUGCAGUAUAUACUAAGCCGAUGUAGCUGUUUUGUCCUUUGUCUUCUCUGUGCUUUAUCUCUCGUGUGGGGUGGUCAAUUUCCACUCCUACAGUCCUAGUGAAACAGUGAUUCUUGGAGGUUAGUGUUUAUUUGUGUGGUGGCCUUCCUCUGUCGUGUCACCUUUUGCUGCUUCUUGUCUGUAUUUAUGUUUCUGCUAUUGCUUUGCUGUUGUGUAGUCUACAGACCUCUUUCUCUCAGAGAUAAGACUCUAGCUCAAGGUUUUAUGGAGCCAUUUUUCCCCACAGAGGAAUUUCUGGGUAUGACUUCAGUUUCCAGCUUGCAACACAUUUUAAAAUAAUAAAAGGAACAGCGCUUUAGACGUAUGUAAAAGACUAAUACCAUAAAGCCUCAGUUGUAAAAACAUUCCCAGAAUCCCUUGUGCUUAUCUUGUACGCAUUGGGUGUAUUUCAUUGGUUUCCACCAACCCUGUUAACUUAGAGUACCACACAACAACAUAAGGUGAAGAUGUUGUAGAACAAAUCAAAUUUAAACAUUUCUUAAAGAAAUAAAAAUGUUUCACACUAUAAAUCUAUUUUUAUAGAUGUUUUGGAAAUGCAUGUUUAGUAAGUUGAUAGUAUAGUUUACUUGAUGUUGUUCUUUGCAGUGGUUUUGUCGACAACAAUCUUUUUUUAGUCUGUCCCGCACGGGAGAGCCAGUGAAAUGGCAUAUCUAACCAUCACUGUGUCUAGUUUUACCUGAGCCAGGAAUCGAGAACAAUUUCUGGGAACGUGUCCGUUUUGGUUUUCUUACCAAGGUAAAAAUUUACCAACGGAACUGGGAAGGGUUAAUCAAAGAACAAUGCAAUCUCUAAGUGUGACUGGAAUGUAGGAUAACACAGUGUGGACAUCCCAUGAAAUACACCCAUAUGUUACAACAGAACAGCAGAAAAAAAAAGGCUGUUUUAAUGUUUGUGUUGUGUCAAAAUUAUUUCUGGUGAUUUAAACUAACAAAUAAUCUCAGCUGCUGUCAAAAUACAUAGUGUUUAAAUUACAAUAUGAAAAAAAACACUUAAUUACCUGUGAAGACUGUGUCUGUGUUUUUAACUAUUUCUUGUACAAUUAUACAGAUUCUUUUAUGAGGAAAUGGGUGCCAAGUAGCUGAAUAAUGGGGAAAGGGAUUCUCUUAGUAUCAAUGUUAACAGUGUUACAAAUUCUAAAUACAAACAAAUUAAAAUAUUAAAAAGAGAAAACUAUGGUACAUUUUAUUUUGUGGUUUUAAAACAUAUAACUAAUGGAAGCUAACUAUGAGUGCCUGGCUUAUUUUUUAAAACAUCUUUUUUUCAUUGACCAUGGAUAAUGCUGCAAAUCAGAAAUGUACAUACUUCAUUUACAACAGGGUUAUUUUAUACUUUUGUAGAUUUCCAUCAGUUCAAUGAAACAUGUCAUACAUGGUUGUCUUUAUGUAACUCAAUUUUUAUCAUCCUGCAGGUGCCAUAUUCAUAAUAAACUUCUCUUGGAUUUGUU